AUGACAACGCAGUCUGCUCAAGCCCAAAGGAGGUUAUGGUUCAAUCACCCGAUUCAAUCGCGUCUACGUCUUCAUAUUGCUUUCCUUCCUCGCUGGCUCCGCACAAAGCUUGUAAUCAUCAUCAUCCUUCCACUCCUCCAGCUCUCCCUCCGCCUCGAAGAUCCUCACACUCAGUACCUCCACCUCUUCAUGCAACCUCCCAUACGCAUCCUCAUCCUCACAGCCGACAGCAACACUCAGCUACACGCCCACCUCCUCCGCCUCCACACAAUCCACAUCACUGCCUACCUACCCGUCCAUCUCAGAAACCAGAACCGCCGAGAACCAGGCGCUGGCGUGCCCACCAGCAACACCAGGGACAGCAAGGUGUUAAUGGCCAAGCCACAGCUAGUGUCAAGUGCGGCACCACAUCCCCUUUAA